GCCAGGUGCUUGAUGUCCAAUCACGACACCUCACGCUCACAUAUCAUCUCUCCUCUCUUCAAACAAUCAAACGUGAAACUUGUUAUAACGCUAUCGAAUUUCUCUCUCUCUCUGCAAAAGUGUUGAUUAAACAGCAAACACCAGAAACAAAGCAACGAAUUCUCUUGCCUUCUUUCCUUUUCUCUUCUCACUUCUCACUUCACACCCGUUUUCUUCUUCUCCGUUAUCAAAAAAGAUUCUUUAAUUCUUCAUCUUUUUCUCUCUCAUAAAAGCAACCUCCUGCAUUACAAUUUACAAACAAACUAACAAACAAACAUACAUAUUUUGCUAAAUAAUCAAAAUUAAGAGAGAGAAAAGUAAAAUGAGUUCAAGUUCAAAUAAUCAAAAUACUAGUAGUAAUUAUGAUCUAUCUUUCAAAGUUUUGUUAAUCGGUGAUUCUGGAGUUGGCAAAAGUAGCUUGCUUGUUAGCUUCAUUUCUAAAGCUCUUGAUGAUCUUUCCCCUACUAUUGGAGUUGAUUUCAAGAUCAAGAUGCUUACCGUUGGUGGGAAGAGGUUGAAACUUACUAUAUGGGACACUGCUGGACAAGAGAGGUUUAGAACGUUAACGAGUUCCUACUACAGAGGCGCGCAAGGGAUUAUUCUUGUGUAUGAUGUCACAAGAAGAGAAACUUUUACCAACUUGUCUGAUGUGUGGGCUAAAGAGGUUGAGCUCUACUCUACCAAUCAAGAUUGCGUGAAGAUGCUCGUGGGAAAUAAAGUUGAUAAGGAUUCAGAGAGAGCUGUGACUAGGGAAGAAGGGGUGGCUCUUGCACAACAGUUAGGUAGUCUAUUUCUUGAAUGCAGCGCGAAAACUCGAGAAAAUGUGGAACAGUGCUUUGAAGAGCUCGCUUUGAAGAUUAUGGACGUCCCAAGUCUCUUGGAAGAAGGGUCUACUGUGGGAAAAAGGAAUAUCUUAAAACAGAAGCAAGAUCAAAGGGCGGCAGCUCCAGGUGGAUGUUGUGCUUGAACCGGCGACUCAAAUUUCGAACAGGAGUUCUGACUUCUGAAUCGCAUUUGGAAGCUUCAUCAUGGGCUGAAGCUUUGAUAAUGUUGUUGUCAAAUUAUGUACAUGAUAUUUCUCUUUUACCCCUUUCUGUUGUAUUGUUUGUUUUACAUGGCUGAUGUAGUUGUUUAUGUCAUUCAUAGGAAAUUCUAGCCCGUGAAUAACAAUGUUACAAGUUUGUGUAUAUUAUUAGUAUAGAUUUUUUUUAGGCGUGGCUUCUCUUGUUCACAUGAUCUGUCACUCUGCUUGCGUUGUGAGCUUGUAAGCUUGUAUGUAUCAAUGUAUGGAUCAGCUAAACAGUGUACUCAUCAUGUUAUCACUACAAAAACAUUGAUUUUAAUACAGAAGAACUGCUAUUUUUUA